AAAUAAUCGAAGCGUUCGGGAUCGCCGGGGAUACGGAAACUAAAAGCAUUUCGCGUUCUCCAUUGCUCUCACUUAGUCACAGCUCUGUACAUAUAAAUACAGCCAUCAUCGUUUGGCUUUCGAGUGAUCGCGAUUCCUCUCUUCUCUGUCGAAAGCCCUAGAGUUUCUCCUCUUGCAGCCAUCAGCUUCUCAAAGACUUAGCUCAAAAUAUUCGGCAGCCAUGUCGAGGAAGAUGCUCAUAGGUGGAGAACUGAGCCAUCAGGCCGAGGCGGAGGAACACUACGACUUUGAUUUAUUCGUUAUUGGAGCAGGAAGUGGUGGCGUUCGUGCAAGUAGAUUUUCAGCUAGUCAUGGAGCGAAGGUUGGCAUCUGUGAACUUCCAUUCGAUCCAAUCAGCUCAGAAGUAAUUGGAGGAAUUGGUGGAACGUGUGUCAUUCGUGGCUGUGUUCCCAAAAAGAUUCUGGUGUACGGAGCAACAUUUGGUCCUGAGCUUCAGGAUGCUCGAAGUUUUGGUUGGGAUGUGAAUGAGAAAGUGGAUUUUGAUUGGAAGAAACUUUUACAAAAAAAGACAGAUGAGAUAGUCCGAUUAAAUGGAAUUUACAAGCGUUUACUGACUAAUUCGGGAGUAAAAAUGUAUGAAGGAGAGGGAAAGAUUGUUGGUCCACAUGAAGUUGAGGUGACACAACUUGACGGUACCAAAAUAUGCUAUUCUGCAAAGCACAUACUGAUUGCAACCGGCAGUAGAGCUGUCAUUCCUGAUAUUCCUGGGAAGGAGUUGGGGAUAACAUCUGAUGAGGCUUUGAGUUUGGAGGAGUUUCCUAAGCGUGUCGUGGUGCUUGGAGGAGGGUACAUUGCUGUUGAGUUUGCUUCAAUCUGGAAUGGGAUGGGUGCUAAAGUUGACCUAUGUUUCAGAAGGGAACUUCCACUAAGAGGUUUUGAUGAUGAAAUGAGAUCGGUGGUUGCAAGGAACUUGGAGGGCAGAGGAAUUACUUUGCACCCAACAACAAAUUUGACUGAAUUGAUAAAAACAGAGAACGGCAUAAAAGUUAUCACAGAUCAUGGUGAGGAGUUCUUGGCAGAUGCUGUGUUGUUUGCGACUGGUCGUGCUCCUAAUUCAAAAAGAUUAAAUUUGAAAGCAGUUGGUGUCGAAGUUGAUAAACAUGGUGCUGUGAAGGUUGAUGAUUAUUCACGCACAACUGUACCUAGUAUAUGGGCUGUUGGAGAUGUUACUAACCGAAUGAAUCUUACGCCUGUGGCUUUGAUGGAGGGAUCAUACUUUGCAAACACUGUUUUUGGUGGUGAACCUACGAAACCAGAUUACAAUUAUGUACCCUAUGCUGUAUUCUGUAUACCUCCUCUCUCCGUUGUGGGCCUAAGUGAAGAAGAAGCUGUAGAGAAAGCAAAGGGUGAUAUUCUUGUGUACACAUCUUCCUUCAAUCCAAUGAAGAAUACAAUCUCUGGUCGACAAGAGAAGACAGUGAUGAAGCUUGUGGUUGAUGGUAACACACAAAAGGUCAUUGGCGCAUCGAUGUGUGGACCAGAUGCUCCUGAAAUUAUGCAGGGAAUCGCUGUCGCUCUGAAAUGUGGAGCAACCAAACAACAGUUUGACAGCACUGUUGGGAUACACCCAUCUGCGGCAGAGGAGUUCGUGACGAUGCGAACUAUAAGUAGGAAAAUUGAAGUGGGUAGCAAAUUGAAAACAAACCUGUAAACACACACUUCUUACAGGAGCACAGUUGGAAGAUGGCACAUCUCGAUGGUAAGUAAGAUAUGUUUCUGGUUUUGUUUGUUAGUUUACAAAAAGGUAGAUGAAAUAAAAAAAAGUGAAAAUCCUACAAUGUUUCUUUUUCUUGGGGGGUCGGAAUAAGAAGUUCGCUAGGUCAGAGUGUGUGAAUGGGCCUGGGGACAUUCAUGAUGAUGGGGGGCUUUACUGAACUGAGUGGGUAAUGUUUUUCGUUUAGUUGUGUAAUUUUUACCUGGAUUAUUUUCUAUUGUUCGGUGUCAAAUGGGUUCUAGAAAUCUCCUUGUGGACUCUAG